UGGUCCUUCGAACCGGAUAAUUAAAAUAAAGAGAAACAGUGAAGUUGUGUAAAAAUUGUGCACGUUAUAUUUACGUAUUUUAGAUAAUUUUUUCGAAAUUCACAACGAAUAUGUCGACAUCCGAGACUCUUAAAAGUCUUAUAACACUUCAACAAGACAACUUAGAAGUAACAGAAAAGGCACACGUGAAUUUCAAAAAAUCGCCAAAAGAAAGAAUUACUAUAGGAUACGUACAAGGCCGUUUAGAAACAUUGGAAAAUAACUAUAAAGAAUUCAAAACCAUCCAUCAAAGAUUGAUUACCGGCGUUUCAAAGGAAGACAAAUGCAAAUUAUCAUAUUUUACGGAAGAUUUAUAUGAUACUUUUGAAGAACGUUAUUACAUGUAUAAGGGUGAGUUAAAGACAGUUUUGCAGAAAUUUAAUGCCGAAAUAAAGGACAACCAAGUUAUAGAAAAUAGUUCAGGCAAUCAAGCGUCAAACAGUGAGAUAAAAUUACCCCGAAUCACUAUCCCAACAUUCAGCGGUGAGUACACGGAGUGGCAAUCCUUCCACGAUUUAUUUAACACCUUAAUUCAUAAAAAUAGUUCGCUAGAUGAUGUGCAACGCAUGCACUACCUGAAAGUUAACCUGAAAGGUGACGCAGAAUACCUAUUAAGACAAUUUUCGAUUACCGCCGAAAAUUACCAACAAGCAUGGAAUAUUUUGAAGAAAAGGUACGAUAACAAAAGGUACAUCGCAAAUUGUCAUUUUAAAAGGUUUUUUGGCCAGAGGACAAUUGUCAAAGAAUCAGCCACUGCUUUGAAACAACUGCUUGAUACGUCUGUAGAAUGUCUGAAUUCUCUCAAAAAUCUCGGUUUACCAAUAACUCAAUGGGAUGCCAUUGUAAUUUACAUAAUCGUUUCAAAAUUGGACCCUGAUAGCCAUAAACAUUGGGAAGAGUUGAUAAAUGGCGAAGAUUCAUCAGUGUUUCCAACUUUCGAAAGAUUGAAGUCGUUCCUGGAAACUCGGUUUAGAACUUUAGAAAUGGUAGAACCAGAUAACAAGAGUUGGAAACCAGCCGCCCCAAGGACGUUUCACGUCACAGCCAGCGAUACUUGUUUAGAGAUACAAUGUGCAUUUUGUAAAGAAGACCACUACAUUUUCAAUUGUAAACAAUUUGCAAAGCAACCAUUAGAUGACAGAUACAACUUUGUUCGAGAAAACAAUCUCUGCUUUAACUGCCUCAUACCCAAUCAUGCAGUGUGGCGAUGUAGACAGAAGUCGUCAUGCCAAGUGUGCAAGAGACGUCAUCAUUCUUUACUGCAUCGAGAUUCAAAACCGACAGAAGAAAUGCAAGAAAACAAUAAAGUUGACACGUCCUUAGAUGACUCAAAGGUAGUUGCACACGUUAGACCAAAUGAAGAAGCAACUGAGAAAAACAUUAUGUUAGCUACAGCGUUAGUAGAUGUAACAUCGAAGUGUGGACAGCCGCAAAUGUGUCGAGCGUUCAUUGACCCAGGAUCCGAAAUAUCCUUCGUCGCAGCUCGAGUCGUAGAGAUGUUAAACUUGAAGAAAACGACAAUUAGCGGAGUAGUCUCAGGAAUCGAAGAAGGUAGCGUUUGCAUAAAAAACAAGGUGGAAUUACAAAUCUCGUCGAGGUAUGAGCCCGAUUUCGUCGUCAAGGUAAAUGCAUAUGUACUUAAAUCUAUAACUCGUAGUUUACCAGCUAGGGAAGUAAAUUGUGAACCGUGGCCGCAACUUGAUGAUGCAAAGUUAGCUGACCCUACCUUUAAUAUUCCGGGUAGAGUUGAUAUUCUUCUUGGUGCAGACGUUUAUGGCAAAAUUCUUGAAUCUGGGUUUAUGAAGGGACCGGGCUAUUUAGUAGCACAGUAUACACGCCUAGGUUGGAUUGUGACAGGUGACACUAAUACAACUUCUUCCAGACCUAGCAAACAUGCGAGCUUUCAUGUUAUCCGUCAAGUAGAAGAAGACAACAAUCUUUUAAAGAGAUUUUGGGAGGUUGAAACACAAGGUUAUACAAACAUGAAGGGAUGGUCAAAGGAAGAAGAAUUAUGCGAAGAAAUUUACAAAACAACUACAACGAGAGAUGACACUGGAAGAUAUAUAGUACAUUUACCGUUGAAAGAAAGUGUGGAGGAUACGGUGAAGUCAUGUGGAGAGACCAAACAGCAAGCAACGUUGAGAUUCAAACAGCUGGAAAGGAAGUUUGAGAAAAAUUAUCAUUUGAAGAAGGAAUACGCAAAGGUCAUUCAUGAGUACCUGGAAUUAGGGCACAUGAAGAGAACUGAAGUGGAAGACGAUGCUGCAGCAGUGUACCUUCCUCAUCAUGCUGUUGUCAAGGAAACUAGAGACACUACGAAGGUUCGUGUGGUUUUUGAUGCUUCAGCGAAAGGCUCUCGUGGCGUCUCGUUAAACAACGCUAUGAUGAUAGGGCCCACACUGCAACCGGGCUUACGAAGUCUAGUAAUUCGCUGGAGAGCCCAUAGAAUCUGUGUGAUUGGAGACAUUGUUAAGAUGUACCGACAGGUGUGGAUGACAGACGAACACACAGACUUACAGCGGAUUGUUUGGAGAGAUACACCUUCUGAAAAAAUAGAGAGCUACAAAUUACUUACUGUUACAUUCGGAACUGCUGCUGCACCUUAUCUAGCUGUGCGGACACUCAAUCAAUUGGCCGAUGAUGAAGCACACAUUUACCCACGUGCGGCAUCGAUAGUAAAAAACAGUUUCUACAUGGACGAUUUAAUGACCGGACAUGAAGAUAAGUCUGAAAUUAAGAAACUGUGCCAAGAUAUUAAUUGUCUGUUAAAGGCAGGCGGGUUUGAAAUGCAGAAAUGGUCAAGUAACUCCGAAGAGCUGCUCGAGUUUCUCCGAAACGGGAGAACAUGUGAAGAAUCUGAGAACAAAAUUGAAAUUAAAUUAGACAAGGUUAUAAAGAUAUUGGGACUUACAUGGGAUAGAAAAGAGGAUGUAUUCAAAAUUACAGUAAACUUACCAAAUUCUAGAAUCCCGACAACGAAGAGACAGAUAAUAUCAGAAGUCGCAAGUCUGUUCGACCCAUUCGGAUGGUUAGCUCCUGUAAUAAUAACAGCCAAGGUUAUGAUACAACGAUUAUGGCUGUAUAAUCUGAGCUGGGAUGAUGAACUGCCACCCGAAGUUGUCGAGGAGUGGCGAAAUUACCGAGAAGAGUUAAGUGAACUUCAAUCAAUACAGAUACCACGUUGGAUCAAGAUAACUUCUCGUAGCAAGGAUAUUCAACUUCAUGGUUUUGCUGAUGCAUCAUCACUUGCAUAUGCAGGUGUAGUCUACCUUCGAGUGACAGAUGAAAAUGAUAUUAUACACAUUAGUAUGCUUGCUGCAAAAACAAAGGUAUCACCUUUGAAACAAUUGACUAUACCAAGAUUAGAGUUAUGUGCUGCGGUAUUGACAGCGAAACUUCUAAGAGAAAUGGCAGAUUUAUUACAGGUUUCGAUGGACAAUGUAUAUGCUUGGACAGAUUCAAUGGUAGUGUUGUCUUGGCUACAGUCUCAACCAAGUCGAUGGCAGUUAUUUGUCGGUAAUAGAGUAUCCGACAUCAUACAACUUAUUGACCAAGACAAAUGGAGACAUGUUCCGUCAGCAGACAACCCAGCGGAUCUCGCUUCAAGGGGUGUAAGUUCAAGAGACAUGGCGGAUAGUGAUAUAUGGUGGACGGGACCGAAAUGGCUUAGAUAUCAGAAUAUAGAUUUUGAAAGAACCAAAAUACCAAGUACUGACCUCGAGAUGAGAAAGACGUUUCAUAUCUUACAGCACAAGGAUUUAUCGCAGCAUUUAGAAGGUUUGUUGCCAGGAGAGGUCACUGUGCUCACCUUUGGAGCGAUAAUGGUACAAAUUUUACAGGAGCAGCCAAAGAAUUAA